AUAAAAUCCUGAAGUCGUGGAAAACUGAAAGCUCAUCUCCCAUGAAAGUGACGAGAUGAAAACCAAGUUGAGUUAUAGAUAUGGAUUACAACUGGGAGAGGUGGCAUAUGAUGUUGAUUCAUUAAGGAGAAAUAGUCAAAUUUGAAUGCAGGAUCUGGACUGUAGGGGAAAUAAUAAUGGGCCUCCGUGGCUGAUGAGAGAAGAAUGAGGGUGAGAGGUGGUUGUCAGGGGAAGCCGCAGAGGAAAAGGCAAUAACCCCAAAGUCUGGACGCUGACCGACUCUGUAACCAGGAAAAGGCAAAUAUUAACAAAGAGAGGUGACUGGAGAUGCCUGAUGCGUUGGAGUUCAAGAAAUACUGAUAGGUUGCUGCAGCGCGGCUGCGGGUCAAAGUGGUAACUGGGGAUCCGAGCUUGGCGGUGACGCGCGGCUCUCACGUGACCAGGAGCCUGUGUUUGCCCAAGUCCCUCUCGUCCUAGUCCUUUUUGCCUGUCCAGACACCGUCUGCCCAUUGCCCUCUGGACGAGGGGAAAAGCUGAAGGAAGUCUGCAGGUCACAGCCGAGCACCUCGAGGACGGAACACCUAGGAGCACAAGACCAUUCCCAGCAUGGAAAAAUCCUGCCAAGCAAAUGAAGAACAGCCACAAAGCGCGCCCAAGCCCGACGAGGAGCAGCCUCCGCCGGAGCAGUCGUCCGAAGAGCCGAGUCUGGAGGAGCCGUCAUCCGAGGAGCCGAGUCCGGAGGAGCCGUCUUCCGAGGAGCAGUCCUCGGAGGAGGAGUUCUUUCCCGAGGAACUCCUUCCCGAGCUCCUUCCCGAGAUGCUGGUGUCCGAAGAGCGCCCCCCUCAGGAGCACCUUUCUAGGAAGGACCUGUUCGAGGCGCGCCCUCCCAUGGAGCAGCCUCCUUGCGGAGUGGGAAAACAUAAGCUAGAAGAAGGAAGCUUUAAGGAAAGGCUGGCUCGCUCUCGCCCGCAAUUUAGAGGGGACAUCCACGGCAGAAAUUUGAGCAACGAGGAGAUGAUAAAGGUAGCAGAGGAGAUGGAAGAGAUGAAAAGAGUACGAAACAAAUUGAUGAUCAUGCAUUGGAAGGCAAGACGGAACCGUCCUUAUCCUAUUUAAUGUGUCCGGCCUUCAGUGCUGCUUUGCCAGAUUUAAGUAUUGCCACCUGAACUUGGUUUGCAUUUUCUCGUAUCCCUCUCGCUAUCUUCUUUUGACUUUUUGCCUGGCUUUAUUUAAGGUGUUUCACUUGUAACUGGCGUAAAUUGGGCUUCCAUCUCCCCUCCCCCCAUCCGCAAGUCUCCCUCUGUCAAUUAGGAGUCUCACCCAUUUGCAUGAAAAGAUGGACGUUAUAUAUUGUGAUGUGAAAAAGGUAAUUUUUGAAAAGUAUUUGUAGUAUCCCGUUUUUGUAAAAAAUGUAUAUUUAUAUAUUAAUAAGCAAAGAAAAACAGUAUAUACUUCAAAGGCUUAAAAGUGGUUAUCUGUGCAGUAAGAAUAGUGAUUUUUUUUGUUUUUCAUUUUUGCUUUGUUGGGACUUCUCAUUUUUUUCAAGACGAACACAUUUUACUUGAGUUCCAAAAAACCCCGAUAUAAUGGGGAAAAUGUAAAGCAGUUUAAAAGCUAUCAGCUUAUAAAGAUGAUGUGGCACUUAAUAAAUACUUGACAGAACUUAAAAAAAGUAAA